AUGGAGCCUUUAUUGCGAGAAGAACUGCCAACAAUUGUAAGCAAUGGUGCGUUCGGAAAAAAUCUCAAAUAUGUGUCAUUUGAAUUGGACAAAGAUCACGUUGGACAGGAUCAGUACAUGUCAACAAUAUUAUUUGGUACAGUCACCACAUCUGAUGAAUCACAACAUCGUGUUGUGAUCAAGUUAAAACUUCGAGAUGAAAAGAUGAGAAUUCUGUUCCAAAUCGACUUUCAAUUCCACAACGAAAUUACUAUGUAUGAAAGAAUUAUACCAUUCUUAUUUGAAUGUCAUCGCUCUAUGGCGGGUGUCGGGGACUUACCAACAUUGGCUCGAUUUUUAUACGGCCGUAAUAAAUGCGGUGAGUUUGUUGAAAAAGAUUUAAUAGUAUUGGAGAACAUCAAUCCUCUGGGAUUCCGAUUGAGCAAAGACCGUCUGUUCAUCGACUAUAACCACCUCGUAAUUGCCUUACAAGCAUUAGCAAAGUUCCAUGGGUUGUCAUACACUGCAAAAUACAAACACCCCGAUCGAUUUCAAGAAAUCAUUAUGGAUAUCCGGGAUACACAAUUUGAUGUAGAUGGACAGUGGAUAUUUAAGAACAACGCAUUAAGUAGAUUCGGUAAGCGAGGAGUCGACCGACUGCUUGAACGUAGUGGUGACCUUUAUCGGGAAAACGAGCACUUGCGUCGAUUUAACGAAAUCAUUGGUGAUGGAGACAACUCGUUAAGACGUGCGCUCGUUCCUCGAGAACCAUUUUCCGUCUUGUGCCACGGGGACUUCAACCGGAACAAUGUGGCGUUCCAAUACGACGAUGUGGGACAUCCGGUCAAUGUGUUGCUGUUUGAUUUCGGAACGCCUCGUUAUGGUUCACCGGCGUUAGAUCUGUCGUUUUUUUUCUACAUGAACACGACGAAAAACUUGCGUGAAAGUCGGUGGGAUGACUUACUUAACGCGUAUUGCUUGACUUUGGCGAAAUCCGUACCGUCCGGCGUACGCGUUCCGAACAGGGCCGAACUGGACUCUGAAAUGGCCACGUUUGCUUAUUAUGGCUUUGCACACUCAUCAUUUUUCUUACCCUAUCAGUUAGAAUCUAAUGUCGUUGAUAAUGAAGGAAUGGAUGAUGAAGAAACUUUGGAGUGGUUUUUACAGCAAGGUGGCGACAUUGGGUCGGAUCUAGUGGCCGAAAUUGUCCAACACAUCGUCGACAUGGAGUACACGAACCUGUGA